AUGGCGCAAGGUCCGGAGCGAGAAGAGAGCACCCACAACGCCGGCAGCCACGCGUCCCUGUCCGUGAGAUGGGUGCAAGGAUUCCCUAAGCAGAAUGUUCAUUUUGUCAACGACAGCACCAUUUGCUACCCUAGUGGCAAUUUCAUAAUAUUUCUCGAUAUUGAAACAAAACAAAAAACUAUACUCCAGUGUAUGAAUGGAAUUGUGGGCGUCCUGGCAACUAACAUUCCUUAUGAAGUUGUGGCUUUUUCUGACCGGAAGCUAAGACCUGUCAUCUACAUAUACAGUUUUCCUGCAUUGACCAGAAGAACCAAAUUAAAAGGCAAUGUUCUUCUGGACUAUAUUUUACUUUCGUUCAGUUAUUGUGGCACCUAUCUGGCUAGUUAUUCCUCUCUCCCAGAAUUUGAAUUGGCUCUCUGGAACUGGGAAUUGGGUGUCAUUUUGUGCAAGAAGUCACAACCUGGUGUGGAUGUGAGCCAGAUGACUUUUAACCCCAUGAACUGGCACCAGCUGUGCUUGUCAAGUCCAAGUUCAGUGACUGUGUGGACCGUUGAAAGAAGUAACCAGGAGCAUUAUCUCAAAGCAAAGUCGGUAAAAUUACCCAUGGAAGACGGGUCAUUUUUUAAUGAAAAAGAUGUCGUUUUCCCUGACUCGUUGCCCAAGGAUCCUAUCUAUGGACCUAUCCUCCCUCUGUCAGCCAUUGCCGGGCUAGUGGACAAAGAGGCCGAAACUUUCAGGCCCAAAGAUGAUCUAUACACUUUGCUUCACCCGACUAUGCACUGCUGGACUCCAACAAGUGACUUAUACAUUGGCUGUGAAGAGGGUCAUCUUUUAGUGAUUACUGGAGAAAACUUGAAUGCAACUGUGCUUGAUAAGAUAGAUGAGAAACCACUAAUGGGUGAAAGAAAUAUUAUCAGUCCAGUCACCAUAGUGUAUCAGAAGGGAGGUGUGCUAGCUUCUGGAAUUGAUGGCUUUGUUUAUUCUUUUAUUAUUAAAGAUUCAAAUUACACAGUAGAGGAUUUUCUUCAGGUUGAAGAGCCUGUGGAACAUUUGAUGUUUUCUCCCAAUUACAAAAUGUUGCUGAUUCAGACAGACAAGGGAUCCAUUUAUAUUUACACUUUUGGUGAGGAGCCAACCUUGGAUAAAGUCCUAGAGGCUUCUGAUGGAAAAUUUCAGGCAAUUGACUUGAUCACACCUGGAAACAAAUACUGCAUGACAGUCACAUAUUCAGGGGAAGUUUGUAUUUGGUGUAUAGAUGAUGUUGCUUGUGUCAGCAAGAUUUAUCUAAAUACUCCAACGACAGUUCUGGCUUGCUCUCCCGCCUCCCUCUCUGCGGCUGUGGGGGCUGUGGAUGGCUCUGUCCACUUCAUUGACAUCCUGGAUGCGGAAUCCCCUCAGGCGGUUCACAGGGCCUUUCCCUCCGAAUACGCAGUUCAGCACCUCCUUUAUGACCAGCGAGGAAUGUAUCUAUUAGUUGGAACAUCAGAAGGAUACAUCUUUGUUAUCAAUGCCACCCCCUCAAGCUUAUUUGAGAUUCUUGGAUACGUAGAGGUGGGCAAAGACAUUUUACAAAUAUCCACAGUGUCUCUUUUGGAAACAGACAUAAUGGAAGUGAUGGUACUUUCUCCACUUCCAGAAACUGGAAGAAGCAGGCUGGAAAUAUUUACUCUGCCUAUAAUACUACCACAAGUUUCUGCAACCUUUGUUGAUGAAAGAGGGAGAAUGAGAGAUGAAUUCAUUCAUAAGUUCCUAUAUGAGAUAGAGCACUCUCUGUCCUCUGCUGUGUUGAAUUUCCAAAGUAACAAAGUAUAUGGCUUCUGUAGUGAAGUGCCCUACAUUUGCAGCUAUCUUCUUCCUGAAAAGGAACAUAGUGGUAUUUGCAUUCUUAAGCCAUACCAGAAAGUGCAGAGCAGACUAUAUGGACCUGGAGCACUCUCUCUGUCUGCGCAUGGACUGUGGCUCAUAACAAGAGCUAAAUGUGGAACUGUGUGUAUCCGAGACAUUCACACUUUGGAAACGUUUGUUCGUUGUCGGAGUCAUUCUCACCAGGGGCAUGGAAUUCAGUCAGUGAGAAUUUCAAUGGAUGGACAAAACGUUCUGGUAAAUGGAAAAGAUGAUGGCACCCUUGUUUGCCUAAGAUGGAGGCGAUUUGGAGGAAACUUAGCCAGUGAAAUUCUUGAAUAUUUCCAGCAACUUUUAACUUCUCUGGGCAACACCAUACAGGAGGAGAAUAAUUAUUUACGUAUAAGACAAAGCAAUUCCACGACUUUGGAAUCAGGAUCUGAACACGCAACUAUGAGUUUAAACAUUGACUCAUCACAAGAGGAAUUAGUCCAAGCUGAUAAUAUGAAGCAAAUACCCUGGAUACAACAAAAAAGCCAAGAGGCCAUCAAAAAGGAGAUUAAACUGUUUUCCAACAAAAGGAGAGAGCUAAAAAGAGGAAUCAAAGCACUUGCUAAAAUGGUUCUGAAUAUGAUGAAAGAAAAUGAAACAAUAGAUAAUAUUGCAAAAUUAGACCAAGAGGAAUUUGGCCUGGACCUGGAGGAACUAGAAAGGCUUCAAAAUCAAAGUGAGGAAGAACUGGCAAAGAUAAAAAAAGAUGUGGAAAUGCAUAACCUAGCCAAGAGAUAUUUGGCUGAACUUAUUAAAGAAGAAUGCUGGCAUUCAAUGGCUGUGAAAGGUCGAGCUCUUAAGUGCUUUCACAUUCCCUACGUGGUUGAGAACUUCCCAAUGAAAGAACGCACGGAAGAAGAGCUGAAAGAAGUGAAUAGAGUUUUGCAGCAAAAGAAGAUUGAAACAGAGUGUUUUAAACUACGGAAGGAAAUUUUAGAGGCCCAGUCUCCUAUUACCAUGGUUAAAAAGCAUCAUGAAGAGGAGGAGGAAGAGGAGGAGGAAGAAGACAUGGCAGUAAGAGAUACCAGCUUGCCCAAUUACAUGCUCGGCAGUCUGUGUACUGAUUUUGGGGUACAUGCUUCUUUGUUGUCAAGCCAGUUGGAACUUCAUUCCAGAGAGGAAAAAAUCAACCAAAUUAUAUUACUGAAAGAUAUUAUUUACAAGGUAAAAACUGUUUUCAAUAAUGAGUUUGAUACUGCAUUUAAACAUAAAGAGUUUGAAAUUGCACGUGUGAAGGAAAGAAAUGUAAGAAUUCAAGAAAUUAUUUUAGAUCUGGAAUUGGAUGAACAAGUCUGGCAACCAGAAUUUGAUGACUGUGAGAAGCCAGAGAGAACCCUUGUUGUGGAAAAUAGUGAGGUUACAGCUCAAAAACAUGUUCCUCCAUGGCAAAAAGCCAAAACAGAAUUUAUUGCAAACCGUACAAUGGAGCAAUUUCUUCUGUCACAGGCCAACGAAACCAGACGCCGAGCCCUGAUGGACAUGAUGGGAGGAGUUCUGGAAGUCAAGAAGGAAGACAUUUUGAGAAUGGUGAUUCCUCAGCCUGCUUUCAUGGCAAAACCCGAUGCUGUGUGGACUGAAGAGGAAAGAAAACAGUUCAAAGACUAUGAGAAAAAAGUCAAGGAGUUAAAUGAAGAAAGAGAGAAAUAUAGAAAGUCCUUAGAAGCAGAACUGAAGAAACUUCAAAACUCAAUUCAAGAAAGCACACAGAAUUUUGAUGAAUAUUUGAAAAGACUCUUUGAAAGGAGAGUAAAGGCAGAAAUGGUUGUCAACCAGGAGGAAUUGAAAAUAAAUAACCUUCUUUUUUCUUUACUGUUGGAUGAAGAAAUAAGCUCCAGAGAAACAUUCCUAAACAACUAUAUUACAAGGAAGCGGGAGGAGAAAAGCCAGACCUUAGAGGCCAUCCGGAAAUCUAGAGAAGACCUCGAUGCAUACAAGGAACACUAUGACAACUUACUGGCAGAAGACAAGGUUCUGGAUCGCAGCUUUAAAAAGGAAUUUUCUGAAAUUCCCGGUCAUCAGGUGGAUAUACUCUACAAACUUUUUAAACGCCGACCAAGGAUUCACAAACCGAAAACGCACUCAGAUGCAACCAGUAUUGUGCCUUUUGGAGAGCGACCAGGAUCUGGGAAAUUGAAUAAAGAUGCCUUUGCCCAGUUAAUGAAAGCUAUGGAUGAGUUGGACAAUAUUCAUAACAUGCCAGAAGGGUUGGACCCCUUGGUCUGGAAUCAUUUCUGUGUGACCAGACGAAUGAAAGUGGAAAAUGAACAAAAAGUAAAGCAGAAAGCAGCUGGUUUGAUGGAAAUGAUGGCUUUCCUCCGGAGGAGAGUUGAAGAGGAUGAGAAGAUGCAACGGGAAAUUGAAAAAGUGUCCCAUGAAUUCAAUCUAUUACAGGAAGAGAAAGUGAAAUUCCACUUGAAUUUGACAAUCCAAAUUCUCCUUAAACAAGGACAAGUAGAACUGGAAAAUUUCCAGUUAUUGCUGGAGUAUUCUGAUGCAAUUCUCAUCAACAAAAACAUAAUUGAAGACCUGAAUUCUGUCAUUCGGACUCAAGGACAAAAGAAAGUUGCUAGCAUGACGGAAAGUAAAGAUAUCCACAAAGGAAUAUUUCAGAUUGAGUGGGAACAUAAGAAAAUGGAAAUGGAAAUGGAAGAUCUAAAUCAGAAGGCUUGGGAUAUUCAGAUGCUAUUUUUUUCAAGAGAACGUCAAAAGUUCCUAAAUGAACCAAACUAUGAGACUCUGAUUUCCAUUCAGAUUGGAAUAAUGGAGCAAACCAUUGCUGUUUUAGAUAAGACCCACAAAAAGAAUGUGGAAAACUGCAAAAAAUUGCUAAAAAAACUGGGGAAGUUCAGCAAUAAAAAAGAUGUAGCAAAUUAUACUCUAAGCUGCAAUAUACGAGAAGAAUUGGUGGCUGUCUCAGAGAGAAAAGACAUCUGUAAUGCCAUGGGGUCUAUACUGACUUGUGAAAAAAUUGCCAAAGAACGAUAUGAAAACAUGAUGCAACUACAAAAGUUAACAAAUAUUUCAAAAGAACAAGCCGAACAGAUUUUGGUACUGCAGGCUGAAGUUGAAAGAUUAAGGAUGAAAACAUUUCCUGCUCUUGUCCCAUUGUAA